AAAAAUGGAAUAAUAAUAAUAAGAGAGAACUAAAAAAUGUAAUUAAUGAAAUUUAUAAAGUAAUGAAUGAAAAUUCAAAAGAAGAAAAUAUGAAAGUGUUAAUUAAAUCAAAAAUCAAUGAUCCUAAUAAGAAAUUAUUUUUAAAUGGGGAUGAUCCAUUUGAUGAGAAAAAUUGGGUAACAGGAAAAGAUCUCGUAUUUGGAUUAAUAGCAGAUAUUGGAUUUCGUAAAAUUUAUAAAGUUAAAGAUUGUUUGAAGGAAUAUAGAGAUUUAUUAUUACUUGCAGGAGCUUCUGAGAUUAAAACACCAUCAAUAUCAUUAUUAUCAAAUCCAACAUUUAAUUCAAAAGAUAAAUUGUUAAACUCCUUACUUGAUAAACUUGUAAGUCAAUCUGAUGAUAAAAAUUUUGAUGUCAUUUUUAUUAUCGGUGAAGAAAAAAUUGGCGCUAAUAAAUGUGUUCUUUCAGCUGUAUCAACAUAUUUUGAAACAAUGUUCUCUAAUGGUUCAAAUAAAUCAACAGAGAAUAAAAUUGAAAUUUCAAUAAAUGAUACAACUCCAAAUAUAUUCUGGGUAAUACUUCGAUGGUUAUAUGGACAAUCUUUUGAAGAUGCAGCGAAAUCUGUUUUACGUAAACGAGAUGAAUUUACAACAGAAAAGGAGAGUUACGAAUUAACAUUUUUGAUUGAUAUUUUGAAAGCAACAGAUUUUUAUGAAGUUGAACUCAAAGAUGAAGUAGAAGAUUUAAUUAUAAAUAGUAAGUAUAUUAAUUUUGCUAAUGUAUGUGAAAUUUUAGAAUUGUCAGAUAAAUUUAAGGCCACACGAUUAAAAGAUUAUUGUGAAAAAUAUAUUAAAUUGAAUAGACAACUUGUUAUAGAUCAAUUAGUUGAAUUUCAUGAGGAUACAAAUGAAAGAUCAAAAAUGUUAGAUUUAUUAUUGGCAGUUAAUGAAUGAUUUGAAUAGUUGCCAGUACAUACAAAAGUAGGUUAGGUAUUGAGAUAGUUAUGUCAUAUCGAAUUGUUGGGUGAAUAUUAAAUAUCCAAGUCUUGUUUUUAGAAUAAUAAACUUUUAUUUAAUUAAAGAGUUAUUUUUAUU